AAGGAAAAAGAGGUUGGUGAACUCAAUAAGACGUAAUCGACUCCAACUCUAGUUGCGAACUGGUUCUCUGUUUCGUUUAGAAUAAAGAGUCGAGAAACAGAGGUUCCCCUCAGAGGGUGGUGACUAUGGCACGGAACGCUACUCUUCUAUGUGUGCCAUUGCAUGCGUCUUCUGUGGAGCAGACGCUAUAUCAGAUCGAUAAGGCCAAGGCUGGCGGUGCAGACCUCGUGGAGAUCAGACUGGACCUUCUUGAAAACUUCCAGCCACACCAAGAUUUGGAAAUCCUACUAAAAGAUAAAAAGCUUCCUGUCCUUGUUACAUACAGGCCUAAGUGGGAAGGCGGUCAUUUUGAAGGCAGUGAAUAUGAAAGAUUGGAGACCCUUCGUUUAGCCAUGAACUUCGGUGCUGACUACGUGGAUGUUGAGCUCGAGGCUGCUAAUGACUUCAUAAGUUCUGUAUCUGGAAAGAAGCCUGAGAACUUGAAGGUCAUUGUUUCAUCACAUAACUACCAAAGUACUCCUUCAUUUGAGGACCUCAGGGUUCUAAUUGCAAGGUUAGUUGCAACUGGAGCAGAUAUAGUGAAAAUUGCUACAACAGCUAUAGACAUUAAAGAUGUAGCACACAUAUUUCAAGCGAUGAUGCAUUGUCAACUUGUUCUUCAGAUUCCAGUUAUUGGAUAUGUCAUGGGAGAGAAGGGACUAAUUUCUCGAUUGCUUUGCCCCAAGUUUGGAGGAUACUUUACUUAUGGCAUUCUUGAAGCUAACAAACAAUCUGCUCCUUGGGAACCCACGUUAAGAGAUUUACUGGAUUUGUACAAUAUAAGAUGGGUUGGGCCUGAUACUCAGGUAUUCGGUGUUAUUGGGAAUCCAAUAGGACAUAGUAAAGGGCCGAUUGUGUACAAUACAACAUUCAAGCAUGUUGGAUAUAAUGGAAUAUACGUGCACCUGUUGGUGGAUGACCUCGCAGUCUUUCUCAAUACAUUUGCUGCACCAGACUUCCCAGCUUUCAGUUGCGGCAUCCCUCAUAAAGAAGCUGCAGUUCUAUGCUGUGAUGAAGUUGAACCAGUUGCAAAGUGCAUUGGAGCUGUGAACACAAUUGUCAGGCGACCGAGAGACGGAAAGUUGAUCGGAUACAAUACAGAUUAUUAUGCUGCCAUAUCUGCCAUUGAAGAUGGACUUAGAGGUUCAACUGCUAAGUGCAACAUAGUCAACUCACCUCUUGAGGGUAAACUACUUGUUGUUAUUGGAGCUGGAGGGGCUGGUAAAGCACUUGCUUAUGGUGCCAAAGUAAAAGGAGCAAGAGUUGUCAUAACCGAUCUAAUUUCUGAUCGAGCAAAAAAUUUUGCCAGUUCAGUUGGUGCUGAUAACAUAACCAUGGCUGAACUGGAGGAUUUUCAUCCAGAAGAGGGCAUGAUCCUUGCAAAUGCUACUCCAGUUGGAAUGCAGCCAAAUAUACAGGAGACGCCAAUACCUAAGCAUGCUCUGAGAUACUAUGCUCUUGUUUUUGAUGCGGUAUAUACUCCCAGAAACACCAGAUUACUGCGUGAAGCAGAGGAAUCAGGAGCUGUUCCAGUUAGUGGCAUGGAGAUGUUCGUUAGACAGGCAAGGGGACAGUUCAAACACUUCACUGGUUUACCUGCACCUGAGAAUCUGAUGCGCAAUAUCCUGACUAAAAUUUAGGAUUCUACAAGCUUUUGGACUGCAUCAUCCCCACCUAUAAAAGGAGCCGAUGCAAGGACCCUUAACUAUGUCACAUGGAUACUUCACCCCUAUUAUCAUGACUGGAGGUGUGGAUACAGGACAUGGCAGACUCAUCCUUUGAACCUUUUUGUACAAUUUUGAUAUCUUUUGUUUAGUAAUCUAUGUUUUCUUAUUAUAAAUAAUGAAUAUGUGUUUGAU